AUGUCUUUUAGGGUGUUCGUCAACCGAUCUCUUCGAAUGGAGAAAAUUAACUUCUUUGGAUUCGACAUGGACUACACACUUGUUCAGUACAAAUCGCCGGAUACUGAAAUCUUAGCAUUUGACAUGUCUAUUCAGCGCCUUAUUGAUAUAGGAUAUCCUGAAGAGAUUCGUAAAUUCAAAUAUGAUCCUAUCUUCCCAGUCCGAGGCUUAUGGUUCGACUAUACAUAUGGAAACAUUUUGAAAGUUGAUGGAUUUGGUAAUAUUCUUGUAGGAAUGCAUGGUUUCAAAUUUCUAAAAACGUCUGAAAUCGAAGAAAUGUACCCGAAUAAAUACCUUCAACUAUCUGAAUCACGCGUAUUUGUAUUGAAUACGUUGUUCAACCUUCCCGAAACACAUCUACUUGCUUACCUCAUCGACUUCUUUGACUCACAUCCAGACUACACACCGCUCGAGGAUAAAACCGGUGUUCGAGGUGGUGAUGUUUUGAUGUCAUACAAAUCCAUAUUUCUUGACUGUCGCACUGCUGUCGACUGGGUUCACCUAGAGAGUGAUAUGAAGGAAAUAAUCAUGCAAAAUAUGGACAAAUACGUGAUGCAAGAUGAUCGAGCUGCUGUGUUGCUUAGACAGUUGCGUGAAAAUGGACGUCAGACAUUUUUACUAACUAAUAGUGACUACAGAUAUACUGAUAAGAUGAUGUCUUUCAUUAUUGGUAAUGACUGGCGAACAUACUUCAAUAUUUGUGUUGUAGAUGCUAAGAAACCUAAAUGGUUCGCUGAAGGAACCGUGUUUCGUGAGGUAAAUACACACACAGGAGCGCUCAAAUUAGGGGUUCAUACAGGUCCAUUAAAGGAGGGAGUAGUCUACUCAGGAGGAUCAAGCGAUGCAUUCCAUAAAAUUGUGAAGGCUCGAGGAAAGGAUGUGCUCUACAUUGGCGACCACAUUUUUGGAGACGUCUUAAGGUCCAAAAAGUCUCGCGGUUGGAGGACGUUCCUUGUUAUUCCUGAACUCGAUCAUGAACUUACAGUUUGGACAGAUCGUCGGCCAUUAUUUGAACAGUUGAAUCAGCUUGACAAUACACUUGCUGAUAUUUAUAAACAUUUGGAUGCAACAGCCACGAACAAACCACAAAUCCAUACUGUUCUUCAGCAAGUAAAGAGUCUUUCUCACGAAAUGGAUCAAGAAUACGGAGUAUUAGGAUCACUUUUCCGCGCUGGUUCUAGGACAACAUUUUUCGCCUCACAGGUGGAGAGAUAUGCUGAUCUAUACGCGUCGUCUUGUUAUAAUCUCGUACAUUACCCAUCGUUCUACUUUUUCCGCGCUGCAAUGCAGUUAAUGCCUCAUGAAAGCACUGUCGACCAUGCCGCCGUAUUGAAGAGCUCUAAAGCAGAGAUUUUUUCUCGGGAAAUUGUUGAGAACUCGUUCGCGCAGGAAUGGCAGCAAGUCCAUGAGCGGAAGCCCGGUGCGCGUCUUCGCUCGAAAUCCCUCAGCGACGAUACGGCUGAAGAUGAAGUUGCGGAUACGGAUGUGGUUGGGGUACCGCCGGCGUUUGUUGAUCAGCAAAAAUAA